GCAGGGAGGGAGGAGCUGUCUUGAGGACUCUGCUGUUCAGAGCUGCAAAGGAACUGGCCAGCGGAGGCUUGGCUGCUCCUGUGGCCCAGAAGAGGAGGGGAAGAGUGGGGAAGAAGAAGAGCAACCGCAGCAGUAGAAAGUAAGGAAGAGAAAAAGACUGCAAACAAGUGAGAGACAGAAAGAUGCUAAGCCCCCUCCAGAAAUGUGGCUCUGAAGGCUGCCUCGUAGACUGCGAUUUUUUUCCUUGGCACAGGAGCACCCUCCGAAAGCGGCACCAGAGCUUCGAGGAGUCGGAGUCCGGGGGUGACCACGAGGCUCCCAGCCAGGAGAAGCCAUCCCCUCCCAGCAUCCUCUUAGAGGGCGCAGAAGUGCCCACCUGCCUCCAGAUCCCCCUGCAAGACCCCGGAGGGGUGUGGCGAUCCCGCAGCGAGGGCCGCUUGGACCAAAAGGGGGUGCCGUGCCCAGGGGAGGUUGAGGUGGCGGAGAAAACAGGAAGCGGGUGGAGUUUGCCAUCCCCCAAGUCUUUGAGAAAAGAGCGACGCCUCAGAGGGAGAGUGGCGGCAGCGAAGCAGCACUUGAGGAAUCUCUUCGGAGGAUCUAACAAAUCUCUGGCGUCAAGCGUGGAAUCAGACCUGGGAUCAGAAGGUGACAGCAGCUGCCAGGCACAACAGAGGCAAAAAUGCCGCCGGAGGAAAAAUAAAAGAAACUUCCUAAGGUUAUGGAGCUCGGGGAGUAAUGAAAUUCAAUCCCUAAGGCCGACUCCUGAGGAGGCACAAGAAUGGGCUGAAUCUCUGGAAAAGUUACUGCUUCAUCCAUAUGGACGGUCUGUCUUUCAUGCUUUCCUGAAGUCAGAGUUCAGCGAAGAGAACCUGGACUUCUGGCUAGCGUGCGAAGACUACCGGAAGCUGCGAGGCUGCGACAAACUCCAGGACAGCGCCAAGAAGAUUUAUGAUCAAUACGUCACCGUCCACGCCCCCAAAGAGGUGAACCUUGAUUGCCAGACCAGAGACGUCACAAAUCGGAACAUUUUGCUACCCACUCGUUCGUGCUUCGAACAGGCUCAGAGGCGCAUAUAUGGCCUGAUGGAGAAGGACUCGUACCCCAGAUUCCUCCGCUCCCUCCUUUACCAAACCUUGUCACAGCCUGACAGACACCAACCCAACGGGCCUAUGUAAACCAGCCAUAUUUGCCUUUCGUUCUUUGGAGAGGAGGCCUGUCUAGGAGAGGAGGAACCAAAGACAAAGACCUCCUUCUUCCUGGACUUUCUCCGGUGGGCUGUUUAGGGUGUAUGCAGCCCAAAAGCCGGAGAGAUGGAUUGGCCUGACGCUAACAUCAAUGCUAGCGAGGCUGUGGACUUGCCACCAGGGGCAGACGUGGGAAAUCUUUCGUAAUAUGGCACCCGGCGUGAGGCCAAAAUGUGACGCCCCCAAGUGGAUCUUCUCAAUUAUGGAUCUUCUCAAUUUUGCACCCCCUUGGCUCGUUGGCCUGUGUGGGGAAACGGGCCGCACCGCCCUAAAUCUGGCUCUGUUGCCACACCGGCACGCCAAUCUUUUCGUGGAGGAAAGAGCUCAUGGAAAGUUGGAGCUGGUGCCCAUUUGUCCAUGGGCAGAACUUUUUGUGGACUGAUGCAAAAAAAGAGAGAAUAUUAGAAGUAUAGAAUCACUGAC